UGAAAAAAUAUGCUGACCAUAUUCGUAACCGUGGAAUAUCCCAAUUCUUAUCAAUUUAUAAUAAAACAAAGGAUAGGGAAAAUGAUAAUUUAUUAUGGGGUGACGAGAUCGAAUAUAUGGUAAUUGCAUAUGAUGAUGAAAACAAGAACGCAAAGCUCUCAUUAAGAACUUCUGACAUUUUGCACAAGUUGCAAAAAGAAGUAGAGGAAACAUUUAGAAAAGGUGAAUUAGUCGAAGUAUCAUGGCAACCCGAGUUUGCAGCGUAUAUGAUCGAAGGAAUGCCUGGUAUUCCUUAUGGGAGCAAUUUAAAAAGCCUACUUCGAGUUGAACAAAAUAUGAAACUUAGAAGGGCAACUGCAUUCAAAUGUUUAAGCAAAAAUGAAAGCAUAAUUACUUUAACCAACUUUCCGCGUCUCGGCUGUCCAGGUCAAUUUUUAGAGCCUCAUCAUGAACCGUUUGGGCCUAAAUUAAAAAGCUCAUUUGUGCCAGAUGAAGUUAUUAAUCCCCACAUUAGAUAUCAAUCAUUAAAUAAUGGGUUUAGCAGUCGUCUAGGAUCAAAUGUCGUUAUUAAUAUACCGAUUUUUCAAGAUAAAAAGAAUCAAAAUUUAUUUCCUGAUCGUGAAAGUGCAUUACCAGGUCACAUAUAUAUGGAUUCUAUUGCUUUUGGAGCUGGCUGCUGUAGUCUGCAAGUAACUAUUCAAGCCUGUAAUAUUAGAGAAGCUAGGAAACUAUAUGACCAAUUAGCAGUUUUGGGUCCUAUAAUG